AGCUAAAGAAAGAUCUCAUCCCACUAUGGUCUCGUGUUAUGGUUAAACAGCUACCAGCAUUCCACUUUUUUAGGUCUGCAGUUGUGUACCAUAUACCCCAUGAGUAUAGCGAGGUGAUGACUCUUCCAUCCAUUGAGGUACCCCUUGGUUGCCUGCCAAAGAAUAAGACACUUAAUGAAGACAUGGUCGACAUCAUGGAGCACAUCCAAGAAAAAUAUGUUCCUAUGACACAAGCAAAUGGGAGAAAGACCCCUGCUGACUUUGUUUGCUUUGGGGGUGAUCAACUCACUGAGAAAAGAGCACGGAAUAUCCAGAAAGCACGUGCAGAUGGAAGAGACGUUGAUGACUCGCUAGUAGGUCUUUGGAACAAAAACGAAGAUUGGCAUGGUAUUUGCAUCGCAUACCAGCUGGCUGUUGAUGUUUUACGGAAGCCUAAUUCAGUUAUGGAUUGGGGGACAAUGACAAGCAAUGCUAUUGUUUCUGGGAAUAACAAUGCCCUCAAGGACACACUGGACCACUAUGAUUCAGUGAAAGAGUUCUUCGCAAUUGAGGUGGAUGCAUUUAUUAUUGCUGCUACCCUCAAUCAUUUUGGAAUGGAAGACACAACAAGUGUACCCCAAAAGAUGCCAGAAAAUCUAAAGAAAUCAAGUAAAGAAGCUCAGAGAACAUGGCUUCACAAGGAAAUCAGUUCAAUGCUUGAGUUGCUGGUAAUGCCAGGGUACUCUAGGCUUCCUGGUAUUAUAUCAGCUUACCAUCCUCGUCCUGACCUACCAUGCCGUGGACCAAAUUGUGACAGAAUUUUCAAGUAUUCCAAAUGUCGCAUCCAGCACGAGGAAAGAGAGCACGAUCUUGUGGCAGCAGAUGAAGCAAUAACGGAAAGUGAAAGCACAUCAAAUUAUAAUGAGGAAGAUUACAUUUUCAAUUAUGGUUGCCUCCAUUUAAGUAUUGGUCUUCUUCUUAGAGAUGCAGAUGACGCCGUGAAGGAAGGUGAUGGUGAACGCCUCUUGAGAGUGUGGAACUUUCUUACUGUUUUUUAUCAGCUGCAUAAAUACACCAAGUAUGCGCUGGCUGCACUCCGUUUGAGAGCAUCACAGCUUGCCUUGCUCACACCGAGAGAAGCACACAGAUUAAAAUGGAACCGUUUCUCAUCCAUCAAAGGGGUACAAGCCAAAUGCAUAUCUAGAGACUUGAGGCUUGAAAAAAUCAACAAAGUGUCAAAGGAAUGCAUUCGGGCCAUGGGUGCACCAAACGUCAACAGCACAUUGAUCGAAUCCUCAACGCAAUCUACUGGGCCACUCUUAAAACUGUUGGAAUGCUCAAAGCAAGACCUCGGACAGAAAGCACGCUCUACACAUCACACAAACAAGAUCAAGCAGCAAACAUUUGUCACUGUGUUGGAGCAGGUCCACAAAAAGGCAAAGGUCUUCACUUUUCAGGCUGGAAGGAAGUAUGCAUCCUUUCCAACACUAAGUCGUGACCUCUUUGAUGGUGUAAAUGCCCAACUGCUACAUCGCUGGAUUUGCAAGCACCGAAAAAAGUGGCACAGGCAGAACCGACCUUAUUACAAGAUGCAGUAGUACCAGGAAACCUUACAAACCAAGUUCAUGCUCUGGAAAGUUUGGUUGCCUUAGGCAAGUACCUGGAUUUGCCUAUGGGUCUUGGUAGCCUUUGAUUGUUGAAAAAAGCGUAUAAUGAUUUCUAUCUGUACUGCUUUCAUUUCUGCUUGUCAAAACACCCAACAAAUAUCAUUGUUGCUCAAUUGGGAAAGUUAUUUCUGAACUACUGUAAAUUGCAAACAGAAGCAGGUAUGUUGCAGGCCCGUAGCCAAAUUUAAUAUUUACAGUAAAAACCAGCAGGUAAGAACAUAGAUUAUUUCAAGACUGGCAAAACAGGAGACAAUCUACAUUCUACUUCUUAUUUUCUGGUUAUAGGUUCUUAAAUCAGUAGGUUUUUACAUGUGGGUUUUUACUGUACCCACACCCUUCAAAUUGCAUAUAAGAUGCACAUAAGGUUUUAAUAUUUUGCAGUUUUCUCCUAGUUCUAGUUGAAGAAAGAUUUCAGUCCAGCUUGAUGAUGCUUCACCAUAUGGAGAAUAGAAGCUGGCUUGGGAAAAUAAAUUGUAUUUACAUUUCUAUGUAUAAAUGAGUAAUAUACAUGCUGUAUAAAACUACCAGUGCAGAGUAAAAGAGUACAGUAAGAGAAUUGAAUUAUAAAAAAACCUGUUUUAGUAUUAUAUUACAUUAUCAAAUUUACAAAGGGUAGCUAUUACGUAGCUUAGAGCAUAUAGAGAAAUCCCCACCCAUCAAUGCUUUAUGUAUAUUAUUGUGUAAAGGAUGUUCUUUUGAGGCAACAGUUUUGUCAAAAAAAGUAAAAUCAGGAUUAGCAAAUGCAAAAAUAAUUGAAUCCCUCAUAUUGAAUAAGUCACUUGUA